GGCAUUUUCAGCACCGUUUAAAAUAACUGCCGUUUGGUCGCUCUAUAUCCGUGUGUCCUGUCCGACCGAGCAACGUUAUCACCUCAGACACGGAUAGAGACUGUCUUUUGCAGGGGUCUGGAGCACAAAGAAAUACCAGAAACAUUACUCGGCGUCUUUGUGGUGAUCUAGCGUGUGCGUGCAAUUAGUCAAUACAUUAAGGCACGAUGCAGUAGAGAGCACCUGCUCUCUGGUUGCUGUUUGAAUGUGUAAUUGGGCUGCUAAUGAACUUGCAACACAAGCGCUGUCUCUGCUGUUGUGCGCCUAAAAUGGCUGACAGAUGUUAGCUGCUUGGGCUGGUAUUUAGCACUCUACAACCGAACUAUGCACAGCAACAAGAUGGGGAAAAAACACGGUGCUGUCUUGUGAUUGGUCACAGGGACAUACGGUCAGGUCACAGAGUGCUUCGAGGGACCAAUAGGAAGAGAGCAGAGAUAAACGCAUAAAGCAGGAGUAAAGUCUCAUGCGGAGGCUGAAGAGGUGGGAAUGUGAGACGACUGCUAGAGGACUCAACAUGGGAAGGGGACGAGGGAGGGGGAGAGGAAGAGGCAGACAGGCGGGUCAACCGAGGGCUCCCUCGCCUUACCGACUGCAGCUCUCCCCGUCCAGGGAGACUCUGACGUAUGCUCAGGCCCAGAAAAUUGUGGAAGUGGAUCUCGAUGGAAGACUCCAUCGGAUUAACAUCACAGAUCCUCUCCCGGUCAUCACAGAGGAUGAGAUGAUGGCUCAGGACAUUGCGGAGUGCAACAGCAACAAAGAGAACAGUGAGCAAAUGCAAGGUAAAAACAGGUCAUGGAGGAAACCUUCUAUCAACAAAAGCCGAAGGAGUGGUAAAAAUACAUCUCAGCAGAACCAGCGGUCUGGCUCACAGCAGCAAACAGGAUCUUCUUGUUCCUUCCAGCACCCGUCCCACCAAAGCCCCCUGCCGGAGCCCACCUUUCGCGAGCUGAGCUCUGUUUCCCCCUGUGAAGCGCCUCCGCUCCCGACAGCCUAUUACCGCUACAUAGAGAAGUCUGGGGAGGAGCAGGACAAUGUGGCUGAAUACGACAUGGACGAGGAGGACCUGGCUUGGCUGGAGAUGGUGAACCAAAAGAGGGUGUGUGACGGCCAUGCGUCUGUGUCUCCAGACACGUUUGAGCUUCUCAUCGACCGCCUGGAGAGGGAGUCCGUCCUGGAGUCACGCAGUCAGGCUUUAUCUCAGAACGCAGUCGAUGAGGACGCCUUCUGCUGCGUCUGCCUAGACGACGAGUGUCUGAACAGUAACGUCAUCCUGUUCUGUGACAUCUGCAACCUGGCCGUCCACCAGGAGUGCUACGGUGUGCCCUACGUACCUGAAGGCCAGUGGCUGUGCCGCUGCUGCCUGCAGUCCCCCUCCCGCCCUGUAGACUGUGUACUCUGCCCCAACCGAGGAGGUGCCUUCAAACAGACGAGUGACGGACGGUGGGCCCACGUCGUUUGUGCCAUAUGGAUCCCCGAGGUAUGCUUUGCCAACACGGUGUUCUUGGAGCCCGUUGAGGGGGUGAAAAAUAUCCCCCCAGCUCGCUGGAAGCUCACCUGUUACCUCUGUAAGCAGAAAGGCAGGGGAGCUUCCAUCCAGUGCCACAAAGCGAACUGCUACCGGGCUUUUCAUGUGACCUGUGCCCAGAAGGCCGGACUCUUCAUGAAAAUAGACCCGGUCCGAGAGACUGGCGUCAACGGCACCACCUUCUCUGUGAAGAAGACAGCUUUCUGCGAGAAUCACUCCCCUGUCGGGUCUCGGCGGGAUGCGUCUGGGGAUGAGUCUGUGGAAGGAAGACUAGUGGGGGGACGGGGAAGUCGGGGACAGAGGUCAUAUACUCAGAGCCCUCCGUCACCAACCAACAAGAAGCCAACCAAAGGCCAGAAGAAGAAGAACAGUAAAGGGUCUGGGUCAACACGGCGUUCGAAUGUUCCUGUGCUGCUUGUACCUCAGAUCCCCUCUCACAGGCUAAACAAGAUCUGCACAGGAGUUGAAGUACAGAGGAAAAAUCAGUUCAUGCAGAGACUUCAUAAUUAUUGGUUACUGAAAAGACAGUCGCGAAAUGGCAUGCCUUUAAUACGCCGACUUCAUUCCCAUCUACAGACACACAAGGCUGCAGAGCAGAAGGAACCUGAUGAGAAGCUAAGUGCUGCGAGAGAGGAGUUACGGUACUGGCAGAAGUUAAGGCAAGACCUGGAAAGAGCUCGACUUCUAGUGGAACUCAUCCGCAAGAGAGAGAGGCUUAAAAGAGAACAGAUGAAAAUCCAGCAGGCUGCCCUUGAACUGUCGCUGACUCCUGCACAGGUGCUUCUCAAAUCCACUUUGGACCAACUACAGGAGAAGGAUUCGGCCAAAAUCUUCUCUCAGCCAGUCAAUCUGUCAGAGACUGAGGUCCCAGAUUACCUCGAGUUUAUAUCCGAACCCAUGGACUUCUCAACGAUGCGAAGCAAACUGGAGGGACACGCUUACUGCUCCAUCGGAGACCUGGAGAAAGACUUUGAGCUGAUGAUUUCCAAUUGCCUCAAAUACAACUCCAAGGACACUUCGUUCCACAAGACGGCCUUACAGCUGAGGGAAGUGGGGGGAGCCGUUCUGCGUCACGCUCAAAGGCAGUAUCAGAGCAUCGGCCUUGACCCCAGCACUGGCAUGCAUCUGCCGGAGGCACCGAACAAACACGGCUUCUAUCAGUGCACGUGGGAGGAUGUCGACUCUCUGCUGGACCCUGAAAACAGACUGCACUUAACCACAGAGGAGCAACUGAAGGCCUUACUGGAGAAACUGGACAUGGUGACGUCAAUGCGAACGAGCGGCGGCCGCACCAAACGCAUCCGGCUGCUGCGCCGGGAGAUUAACGCUCUGAGGCAGAAGAUGAGCCAGCAACAAAACGUCCAGCCUGUCAACGGAAAUAAAAAGAAGGAUGACGAUGAAGAGGAGGUGGAGGAGAAGAAGAAGAAGAAGAAUAAAGAACAGAAGGAAAAAAUAAAGAAAAAAGACAAGGUGGACGUUGAUACUGAGCCUUUGUCUGAUGUGCCAAACUCUGGGUCAGAUGACUCGCCGCCCGUUCUUGAACUCACCUGUCCGGUAUCGUCACCUCUACCUGGAGAUGCUCCCCUGGAACCACCUGUCCUGGGCAUUGUAACCGGAGGUCAGAGGUCACCUGGGCGCUCCUACAAGCGUCAGAGGUCCUCGCGCAGCGGCAGCAAAAGCCAAGGUGAGGAUGAGGCUGAAGUUGGAGAAACGCCGUCUUCCCAACCAGAGGCUGUUCACGAGGUCACGCCGCUCGGCUCGCCUCCGGCGCUGCCGCUGGUUGGAGUCGGCCGGCGCACGUCCGUGUUGUUUAAGAAAGCUAAAAACGGGGCAAGAAAAAACAAGUCGUCCCAGUGGCAAAAUGGGAAAACAUCUGAUGAGAAAACCAACGGGCUGGACAGCGCUGCCGUCGAUUCAAAUUCCCCCAGUGAGAACAUCACCACCUUACCUCCUACCCCCAACGCCUCUCCCGCCCCCUCCUCUCCUUCCUCACACCAUCUGCGGUCCAGAGGCCCCAGCUCCGAGAGCGAACAUGACAAACCGACUGCAACCCCCAAAGCAGAAGCUCUGACUAAUGGAAAGCACACGUCUGGAAACCAAGAUGGUGGUGCUGAUGAUGAGGAGGAAGAGGAUGAUGACCCAAACCUAACUCCUUCCCCUCCCAAACGCAGUCGAGGUAAGCCAGCUUUGGCUAAGGUUCCCAGCAAAGAAAAUGGAGACAUCUCCAGCUCUGGGAAGUCUGCACUUCUGUCUAUAGAUAGUGAGACCGAACUUUCACCACUGGACUUGGUUUGGGCGAAAUGUCGAGGAUACCCGUCGUAUCCAGCAAUGAUCGUUGACCCCGACAUGCCUCAGGAAGGACUGCUCCAUAACGGCAUCCCCAUCCCAGUGCCUCCUGGAGAGGUGCUCAAACUGGGGGAAUGGAGACACACCGACGAAGGCCACAAGCUCUUCCUGGUGCUCUUCUUCGACACAAAGAGGACUUGGCAGUGGCUCCCUCGAAACAAGCUGCUGCCGCUGGGGAUGGAUGACACUGUAGACAAGCUGCGCCUGAUGGAGGGCAAGAAACCCAGCGUUCGCAAGUCGGUCCACACGGCGUACGACCGCGCCAUAGUGCAUUUAAACCACGUGAGACAAAAUCUCAACUUCACUCCCUCCAAUUUUAUAUAAAGUUUAUUUUAAAAGGAUUUUAUCAUCUUAAAGGAGCUGUUUGUAGAAACCCACAGCAGCUCCUUUAAAGUUCUUAAAACAGUUGCAGCUGAUGGUGUUUGGAGGUUUGCUAUGCUUGGAUUUGGUAGAGGUUCCAUAAAUGUCUUUCAUAAAUCAAUUUGUUAAUUCUUUUCUAUGUACAUUUUUAAAAAUGGAGUUUUCCACAUCCACUGUUGCUGUGUGUCGAUACGAAGUUUGUGCAUCAGGCCAAAGUGGGUGGAGACCAGAUAGAGAGAAACGUGUCAAAGGGAUUGUUUAUGGUUCCAAACGUAUUUAGAUUGUAUUUGCUCUUGAAAUGUCACUGUGUAUAAUGAAGUGUGAAAGUUUCACCUUAGCAUGCGUUUCACACCUAGACCUGGAGUUUCACACGCAGCUGAAACCAGAUAUUUACAUACACUGGACUCACUGACGCUAAGUAAGACUUCGCCUCAUUGGACGAUCAGUUUGUGCCACAGCUUUAAAUUCCUGUGCAAAAUUCAGUGCAGAUAUCGCACACCUAAUAUUGAAGAGGUUGGUUUAAUAUUUCUAAAUAAUAUCCCUCCUCAUGAAAACACCCCCGCAUCAUGGUGCUGCCACCGCCGUACUUAACUGUUAGAGUGGUGUUAUCAGAUUUGUAAUCUGCCCCUUCUUUUUCUGUUGUUGCUCCUAAUCUAUGGAACAAUUUGCCCUUUCAGAUUAGAUCUGCUUACAGCCUGGAUCAUUUUAAAUCGCUUCUCAAAACUCAUUUUUACUCGUUGGCUUUUAAUUGAGCAAAUUUUGAUAUUCUGUUUUUAUCUAUUUGUGCUACCGUCAUUCCUGUGCAGCACUUUGGUGCAGUUCUAUACCUGUUUUUAAAGUGCUAUAUAAAUCAAUUUGACAUUGACAUUCUUACCCUUCUUCAGACUGAAGGACUUUGACCUUUAAUCCAAACUGUAGUUUAGCUUUUUUUUCACGUUGCUCUUCAAGUAAUGGCUUCUUCCUCUCUGCGUGGCUUUUCAGGGAUAGUUUCACUGUGGAUAGCGACACUUUUAUCAGCUUCAUUCGGCUUCUUCACCGGAGGAAACAGGAGAAGGUCAGUCAGACAGCGAGGAGUGUGUAAAUACCUGGUUUCUGUGGAGGCCACCAAAUAUUUCCUUUAAAUCUUUUUGAUUUUCUAAAUAUAGUCAUUACAUUAUUAUCAUUUUCUUUGAACUCAAUCUGUUUUAUUCUAGGUUUAUCUUUAUUAGCUUUAAAAUUCUUCAAUCCCAGCUGAAAUUAUUUUUGUUCCAGCUGACAGUGCCAACAUUUUUGCUACUUUUAGGUCCAGUUAUGAGACGCUUUUGGUGAAACUUUGUUCGUGUUUGACUAUUUUCCAUAUUGUGAAACUGUAAUAUGAUAGUAGACUGAGAGUGGUCGGCGCGAUACCACUACAGCGGUGAUUCAGGAAAGCGAUUACCCACCGGUGAAGAACUUUGCUCGUAAAUCUGGCUGGAAAGACUUGAAAAGCACAAAUGGUCUAGUUUUAAUAAAAUCUAUACGAUUGGUGUUUCCUGGAGCCAAAUAUGUGGCUAAACCUACUGCGUCUGUUCAUGUACAGCUGAUACAUCUAUGUAUACAAUCUCAGUGUGGUAAAAGUGCAUGUGUAUAGUUUUGUAAAUAUGUAAAUGUAUGUUUAUAUUCGCUUACAUGAAGUAAUUUAAGGAAUGCAAAAAUCAAAUAUAGAAUUUAAUUUAUAAUUUGUUGCCGUAGAGGGAGUUAUUUAAAAAAACUGAAUUAUUGAAAAGAUUUAUGUAUGGCGCUGAGUAGCUCUUUAUAGUAGUGACAGUGUUUUACCAACAUGUCGGCAGAAAACGCGGUGACACACGACUGUAGACAGCAGACUACAGAUUGUUUUCAUUUUUCUCGGUGGCACAGAUGUUUUUGAUCUUGUCAUUUAAAGUCUACCGCAAGAUCUAUUGUCUGCCUGAGACAAUAUUUUCUCACAGGAAUAAACGCUGUUUGAAACAACUGCUGGUGGCGUUUUUGAUGAGAACUUGUGGGGUUUUGACAGACCUUUGUUCACAAUUUUAGAUGUCAUUUAAAACAGUUAGUUGUUUUUUGUUUUGUUUUUUUGCACAUGGAAAACCUGAAAGCUGUGCUGUCAGUUUGUAGUCAGCAUAAUGCUGCCUCCACCAUGUUCCCCUGCUCAUAAUGUGUCUACAAGCCUGUUGCUUUUGUUUCCACUCGUUGAUGAAACUUAGAUUUGUGGACUAGGCAACUAAACAACUGUUAAUUUGCA